AUCUCGCGGCGGAACACUCAACCGGAAGUUACCCAAACCGCUCAUGUGGGCCAAUGUUGACAACCAAAAAUUGCAUCUGAGAUAAAGUAACUCUUUUAGCGGCUACAAGGAAUAUCCACACAUUUCCAGAUAAAACAUGUCUGACAACGAAGACAACUUCGACGAUGAUUUUGAGUACGCCGAGGAGGAUGAGGGAUUAGAUGAUCUUGAGAACGUUGAAGACGAGGAUCAGGAGAAUGUGCAGAUCCUCCCCGCAGGAGAGGGCCAGCAGGCAAACCAGAAGAGGAUCACCACACCGUACAUGACCAAGUACGAGAGGGCCAGAGUGCUGGGGACCCGAGCUCUGCAGAUAGCCAUGUGUGCUCCAGUCAUGGUGGAGUUGGAAGGAGAAACGGACCCUUUGCAGAUCGCUAUGAAGGAACUUAAAAGCAGAAAGAUCCCCAUCAUCAUCCGCAGGUACCUUCCUGAUGGCAGCUACGAAGACUGGGGCUGCGACGAGCUCAUCGUUACUGAUUAGACAUCUUAUCCAGCGUCGUCUCUUAGGUCUCUCUGUGUUUCAAAAGCCUCUACGUUGCAGUUCGUCACAUGGCUGUUAACAGAUUUAAUGGGACACUAUCAGAAGUAUUAAUUUAUUCUCACUGUUUUAACAGCUGUAAUGCAAGGAAUCGCCACAAAGGGGAGACAUAACUUUAGUCACACACUUUUUUUCUUCCCUGUUUUUUUUUUUUUAUUCAGAAGGUAGUCCCAUGUUGUGAGAUUCGAUUAGUUGUUUUUCCAAAGAAAAUAUUUGUGUAAAAUAAUUUUUUUAUUGUUAAAAUAAAGUCUUUGCUAUAAGCUUU